AUGGCAUCAACUCGCCGGGAAAAACGAGUUGUACCCACUAAAAAUACCUUAACAAAAUCACCACUGAUGUGGAUAAAAAAAGCUGCAUCAUCACUGAACUUACCUUACCUGCUGUCAUACCUGACAGACCCCCGAAAAAUCGCUUUCGUCGCGGUGAUCUUCGUGAUCUUGGAAAUAGUGCUGAACAUAGUGGUGAUCCACCAUGUGCCAUACACGGAGAUCGACUGGCGCGCUUACAUGCAGGAAGUCGAGGGUUUCCUGAACGGAACCUGGGACUACUCCAAAUUAAAAGGAGACACAGGACCACUGGUCUACCCAGCAGGAUUUGUCUACGCUUAUUCCUUGCUCUACUACAUCACUUCCCACGGAGAGGACAUCAGACUAGCUCAGUACAUCUUCGCGCUGCUCUACGUGGUGCUGCUGAUCCAAGUACUUAGAAUUUACGCCAAUACCAAGAAAGUUCCUCCGUACGUGCUGAUCCUAAUCUUCUGCACUUCGUACCGAGUGCACUCAAUUUUUGUCCUAAGACUCUUCAAUGAUUCUCUGGCAAUGAUAUUUUUAUUCGCCAGUCUGAACGCUUUCCUGGACGACCGCUGGUACUCGGGAAGUAUAAACUUUAGUCUAGCAGUCUCAAUAAAAAUGAACAUACUAUUAUUUGCUCCUGCAUUAUUUAUCGCUUAUUUGUGUAAUUUAGGAGUAAUUAAGACAAUUAUCCAUUUAGCAAUUUGUGGCACCAUCCAGCUGAUCCUCGGCCUGCCUUUUUUGAUGGAAAAUCCUUACGCUUACAUCGUAGGCGCUUUUAAUUUUGGAAGAGUCUUCGACUACAAGUGGACGGUAAACUGGCGGAUCAUCCCCGAAGAAAUAUUCCUCAAGUCUUCCUUCCAUUUGGCACUUUUGGGGCUUCACGUAGCUGCUAUUAUCUACUUCAUUCCCACCUGGAUGACUUACAUGAAGUGCUACGCUAAAUUAAAGGCCGUAGGACGGGAAAUCAAGCCUCAGAUGAAGAGCAAUAAUGCUGAGGUCAAUAUGUCCUCGGUUAGCCAGCUGUUUAUUUCACCGCUUUUCAUUGCUAACUUCUUGGGCAUCGUCUUCAGCCGGUCGCUUCAUUAUCAGUUUUAUUUGUGCUCCAUCUCAAAGAUGAACGAACUAACACUACCUCCAUCACCAAACUGGUACAUGACGUCAAUAAUGUCCUGUUCAACCGACAACACAGUAGCUUGGGGCUCCAAGAACAUGCUGAUAAUUUCCCAGCCUCCAAAAGCCAACUCCAAAUCUCUAGACUACUCAAUAAUAACCGACGCACAUACCGACCGCGUGACCUCAGUGUCAUUUUGCCCCGACUACUCUCCAAAGAAACGCCUAUUACUCUCAGGAGGAGACGAGAGUAUCAUCAGAAUCUGGGACCUCGAAACCCUGAGCGCAGUUCACUCCCAAUUCUACGUAGACAGCAAGCAAAAAGUAGCCGGAGUCGACUGGUCCCCCAACAACCCCUCUCAAGUCUGCUCCGUGAGCACCGACGGAACAAUCCUCUCCUGGAACAUCGGCUUCAACGCCUGCCAAUUCAUCACACUCGGCAAAAUGACCGCCACUUGCAUAAAAUACUGCCCGCAUAAAUCAAACAGCGUCGCAGUUGGCGCCAAAGCUGGCCUGGUUUACAUAGUAAACCUCCAAGGCUCCGGAACAAUUACCUACAAGCUCCGCGGGCAUGAUACUGAAAUCACAAGUCUCUCUUGGUGUCCCUUAAGCGUCAACAUAUUCACCGAAAAUAAUCCCGAAGAUUUUCUACUAGCUUCAGGGGCUAAGGACAAGUCAAUCUUCAUCUGGCGCGCUGGUGGAGACGGUAGGUACGAAUUUCAAUUAACCCUUCCUUCCGCGCCCCAAGAUUCAAACCAACAUCGCUCAAAAUUAAGCAGUGGAUACUUCACAGCUUUGUGCUGGCUGGAACCCAAUUUAUUACUCGCUAAUUCCCCUUUUGGGGAGCUUCUAGCCGUGGAUUUAAAUUCAACCAAAAAAUCCUGGCGCUUAAUUCACGGUCACCACUCUCGCGGUCUAUUUUCUAUCACCAGUGUCCCAAUUAUUGUCAAAAACCUCCAAGAAAACUGGAGAACACCCUCUAGUCCACGAAUUGUCUGGACCAGCGCUCAAGACCGCCAAGUAAUUAGCACCAGCUUAGAAAAUAAUCAAUGUAUCCUCCAACAAAGCGUUCCAACUCAGGGUGGUUUUAUUUACUGCCUAUCAGCGUGUCCUCUAGAAACUUCAUUAAUUGCCUACGGGUCUGGUGACAUGGCUGUAAGACUCUGGAACCUCACAGAGCCUCAUGAUAAUUUAAUUACCGUAACUUGCAUGUGGCAGAAAGUAAUGGGGAGAGUCACGGCCCUAGCUUGGCAUCCUACGGAAGAAAAUCUUCUUGCUUUUGGGACUGCUGAAGGCCGCGUUGGCAUGUUUGACACCAAUAAUCCCAAUAAAUUGCCCACUAUAUUCCGACAGUAUCACCGAAGAACUGUUUAUUCACUAUCUUGGGCGCCAAAACCCGGCUCUGAUAAAUACGGGCUCUAUUCUUGCGCAGAUAAUGAAUUAGUUUAUUUCAACCCUGAGAAGGUUAGCGAGGAACCUAAGAGUGUAGUUAAAAAAAACUGCACUGAAUUCGCUUGGAAGGCAGAUUUGAGCUGCCUUGCAAUUGGUUAUGAAGAUGGUUCUAUUUCUUUUAGAGAUUCUAAAGAGCUUAAACCUUGUGGAAAGACAAUUUUUUUGCUGAAAAAAGCUGUUCAGUGCAUUGCUUGGCAUCCUGAUAGUACUUUAACUGAUCUAGAGUUCUCUGCUAUGAGGAAUUAUAUGGCUGUUUCUACUAGUACUAAUAAAAUUACCAUUUUUGAUAUGACUAUUAUGGUUAAUAAUAUUUUGAACAGUUCUAAUGAUUCUGAAGAUAAAGAUAUGGUAACUUAUAAGGUUAUGGGUACUUUGAACGGACACUCAGAUCGUGUAAUAAGUUUAGCAUGGAAUCCUCAUAUAAGCGGUCAGCUUGUAAGUGGAAGCUAUGAUUCUACUGCUCAGGUUUGGAAUGUUGAAACUCAAGAAAUAAUUGCCACUUUUACGGGACAUAGAGGGCCUGUUUAUUCUUGCCUUUGGAGCUCGGUUGAUCCUGAUUUUAUUAUAACAGGUUCUGUGGACUUUAGUUUAAGAGUUUGGAAGGUUUCGAGUCAAGAAAUUGUCUUUCCAGUUGUUACUGAGGUUAAAAAGAGUAAAAGUAAGAGCAAGAAGUUGAAAACUAAUAAAAUAGUAAUUGAAAAAAAAGUAAAUGAUAUUGUUAAUAUUGGAAAUGGAUCUGAGGAGAAUCUUGUGUUAGAAAUUGAAAAAUUGUCGGUUAAAUCGGAGACUAAAGUAAGAGAUAAAAAGACUAAGAAGACUUUUUUACCCGUUUAUCGUAAGAUGAUGAAUAAUAAGGAUAUUGCUUUGGAAAAUUGUCUUAAAAUAGCGGAAAAACUUAAAAAUUCAGAGGAUAAAUCUUGUGAUAUUAAUGAUGAGAUACUUUCAGUCUUUGGAACUGAAGAAGAAAUAAUGUCAAUAAUAAAAAAUGAACUUACGACAUUUACUAGCCAAGGGCAGCACACAAUGGCGACAGAAUUGAGUUUAUGGACUGGAGAUUUAAAAGAGCAAUUACAAACUGCAGUUAAAGAAAGACGGCUGAAUGAUUUUAUGGUUUCGCUGUCUCCAAUGGUGUCUAUUAACACUUGGAAGGAAAUGUGUGAAGCUUACGCAACUCAAUUGCAAUUAGAAUCAAAUGUAACAAAAGCAGUGGCUUAUUUUUUGAUAAUUCACAAAAUUUACCGAGCAAUUGAAGUGUUUAUGGAGGCUAAGAUGUAUAGAGAGGCUUACAUUCUAGCUCGGUGUAAAUUGGAUGCAAAAGAUAAGAAAGUAAAAGAAGUUCUUGAAGCUUGGGAGGGUCAGGCUGCAAAGUCUGGGGUUUAUGAAGAUGCAGCACAGUGUUCUAUUGCUCUAGGAGACUUGGUGAGAGCUGCUCAGUUCCUGGCUAAGAGAAAAGAUGUUUUGAAUUUGAAAACAGCUGCUAAAAUAGCGCUUCUUGCGGAAGAUUCCGCGCUAGCUAAAUCUCUGGCUGAUCAAGCUGUGGUUGAAUGUCUGCUAAAGUCUAAUUAUUCGUUGGCUAGAGAUUUAAUUAAAGAAUUUCCAGCGGUUGAGUAUCGGUUGGUUCAUUUAGUAGCUUUGGAGGAAAUUAAUAAAGGGCUUAGUAUGAUUGAUGACGCGUUUGUUCGCUUAUGGAUCAAAGGAGAGACUCAGUAUGAUUUAAUUAGUGUUUUAAACAAGAGUAAUGAUAAUUUUAAUUGUCUAGAAGCGUAUGAUAAGCUUGUAAAUAUUACUUACCCGGAUUUUCUGCAAGAUGAUCCUAAUUUUUGGUUGGCUGCUAGCCAUAACUUCGCUCUUGCUGCUGCUAUUGGUAGUGAAGAACAUCAGCUUCAUCACAUUGUAAAGACUUUUGGGAUGAUUUCUCAGUAUGAAAUACUGAAAUCUAAAAAUGAACUGGGUGUUAGUUACUUGUUAAGGUUACUUGCUUUGUUGCCCUUGAACAUAGGCUUUAAUAAUGAUGGUGAUAAUGAUAAACCUAUUUACAAAAGCUAUCGAGCUUAUCUGUGUUUUGCACUUACUACUUGGGUACUAGAAAGAAUUAAUUCUGAUGAAUUUAAUGUUGAGAAAAUUAUAUGUGUUAUUAAAAAGUGCUUGGAGGAUGCUCUGGAUAAGGACGUGGUCAAAUUUUGGACAGUUACUGCUGAAAUUACGAAAUUAGAGAAGUUACUUACGGCUGCCAUUGGAAGAAAAGAUGAAGCUGAGGAGGCUCAGCUUGUGGAGAGGUUGAAUAAUAUUAGGAGUGAGAGGAAAAAUUUUGUUGAAGAAAGGGAAUGUGUUCCUAAUCCAGUUGUCUUUUAUAGCAAAGUUAAUCAGUUGGCGAGUCUUUUAGAGGAUUCUGAGUUUAAAGAUACUGUUGGUACACUUUGGAGCAAAGCUAUGGCUUAA